AUGAGCAGGAUAGAAAAUAUUUCUGGCUACGCCUCUGCACACAAUGGUCUCCGUCACCAGUGGGGCUGCUGCCCUGCCAGCAAUCUAAAAAGUCGAGAACUCGCGAAGGCAAUGGGAGCAACGAGGGAGCAAGUGAGCAACAUCAUUGGCUCGAUUGUUGGAGGCACGAGCGUCGGCAAAAUCGUGUCACUAACAGCAGCAGACGCCACAUGGAGAGAGGGGCACGGAAGCAGAUUAGAUGGAAGCAUGUCCGUGCUGCCGUUUAAGGACAGUAAUGAAGUAGAGUUCGACUUUCAGAAAUGCAUGUCAGUUCUAGCCAGAGGUGUCGAGCUUCUUAUCGAAACAGGAAAUUGUGUGUAA